GCUCAGCCUCACUUAUUUGCGGCUCACACUUAACAGAGUGUGCGUGUGUGUGCGUGUGUGUGUGCGCACACUGCGAGGUCAUUAUGACUCCUCCACCGUUCAUUCGUAAUGUGACAGCCGCCAGCUGAAGCAGCGGGGUGUGCGGACCAGAGAGAAGGUGGCGAGGCGCCCGUCACAGGGCCAGAACAUGGGGUGACGAGGACUCUCCUCUGCUGACAUCAAUGCAGACGUCCAGUGAUGGCCACAGCAUCACCUCGACAAUUGUUGGAUGACGUAUUGAGCACGGGGCAACAACAGGGGCGACAGCAGCAGGAGUUCCUCAGCUCGCUGGAGACGGCCGUCCUCACCGUCUUCCUCUCCAUCAUUAUUAUCAUGACGGUGUUCGGCAACCUGCUGGUCAUGGUGGCGCUGUGCAAGGACAGACACCUGCGGAAGAAGAAGACCAACUACUUCAUCGUGUCGCUGGCGUUCGCUGACCUGCUCGUGGCGCUGGUGGUGAUGCCGUUCGCCGCCAUCGAGCUCACCACCGGCCAAUGGCGGUACGGGGAGAUCUUCUGCCUGGUGCGGACGUCUCUGGACGUCCUGCUGACGACGGCGUCCAUCCUCCACCUCUGCUGCAUCGCACUGGACAGGUACUACGCUAUCUGCUGUCAGCCUCUGGUCUACAGGCACAAGAUGACUCCACUCCGAGUGGCCGUGAUGCUCAGCGGCUGCUGGCUCAUCCCCACCUUCAUCUCCUUUUUACCCAUCAUGCAGAGCUGGAACGCCAUCGGCAUCGAGGACAUUAUCGAGGAGAGGCGAGCGCUGAUGGGCGGCUCCAACGACACCAGCUGCGUGUUCCUGGUGAACCGCCCGUACGCGCUGAUCUGCUCGGCCGUGGCCUUCUACGUCCCCCUCGGCCUCAUGGUGCUGGCCUACCAGCGCAUCUACGUCACCGCCAUGACCCACGUGCGGCAGAUCGAGACGCUGCAGCGCGCCGGCUCCGCCCCCGCGGCCGGCUCCGCCCCCGCGUCCGGCUCCGCCCCCGGCCCGCUCGCCACCGUGCGCCCGUGCGCCCCCUCGGACCCGGCGGAGCUGUACCGCCUGCGGGCGCCGACGGCCUCGUGCUCGGAGCACGCGCCGGUCGUCAGCAGCCGCAUGCGCGUCGAGACCAAAGCGGCCAAGACGCUGGCGGUGAUCAUGGGCUGCUUCUGCCUGUGCUGGGCGCCGUUCUUCAUCACCAACGUGGUGGACCCCUUCAUCAGCUACUCGGUGCCGUGGCAGCUGUGGACCGCCUGGCUGUGGCUCGGCUACCUCAACUCGGGCCUGAACCCCUUCCUCUACGCCUUCCUGAACCGGGCCUUUCGACGGGCCUUCCUGGUGAUUCUCUGCUGUGGAGACGCACGAUACGCGCGCAAAGGGAGCUACUCGUACGGACACACGGCCAGAGCGUCGGUCAACGGGACGUCCAUGGCUCUGAGACUGUCCUUCCUGCCGAACCGCAGCUACACCGACAACGGGCGGACGAUACUGGCCAACGAGCAGGAGUCCCAGGAUUCCCUGGGGCAGCUAUGAGGCCGGCUUCACACAGGCCGACACGGAGCCCACAGCCUGAUGAGACUCUUCAAACAUACAUGUCUGCUUUUCACAGCAGGACUCAGAGACGUGCUGAGGACAAGACUCUUGAUGAGAAAAAUAAAGCACAUUGCUGCAUUUUAUAGCAAAGCCAGUGGCCUGAAACAGAACGCUUCCAGAUCUAAUAGAGGAGAAAAAAAACAGUUCUCCUCAGACCCACAUCUGGUUGACAAGAUAAAGAUCAUGUUGGACAAAACAACAAAGCAAGAUCUAAAUGUCUGUGUAAGAUUUAAGUUAUUGAAUUGCAUUAAUGCAGCACUGAUCAUCACACAUUUUAUGUUUCAUUUCCAGAUUGAAACAUCUGUGACCAAAGACUGCAGCAGCAGAAACAAAUAGUAUUCCUUUCGCGCCGGCAGCUUGUGACGUUGUGUUGUGACACUUACUGGACCAUGUCAGGGCACAUAGAGUUGCUGCACACGCCUCCAUCUCUGAACACUGGAGGCCGGUGAUGAUGUGGAUGAUGUGUUGUGUGGCAAGAUGGAACGAGUUCACAAAAUCCUGCAAAAACCAACAGAAACAUACGAACACCAGGUCAAAGACGUUCACAUUCCAGAUAAAUGACAAUAAACACGCCAGUCUUAUUUAAGACUGUGGAAUUGACCAAGUGUCUUUAAAUGUUGUGUACAAUGAACUGCAUAAUGGAGAUACAGUGAAAUGGGUUUUCCACAUAAUAAAUGAUAUAUUUUUACCCA